AUGGCAAAUUUUACAAGUAACCAUACGCAAACGUCCGGGCGUGUUUUGCUCGAGCCCCUGGAUACUUGGUACUGGGUGAUUCGAGGAAUCAUCGCCAUUUUAACCAUUACAGGUAACGGACUCGUCAUUUAUCUCAUCGUUUCCAAGCGGCGACUAUGGGCGACAAACAACUGGUUUGUGUUGUCAUUAGCUGUUGCUGACUUUUGCGUCGGUUUGUUCAUCACAACCACUGGAGCCGCGUGCACAUUCCAUUUCAGAUGCGACUGGCGCUUACAGCUUGUAUUUUACAACUUCUUCUUAUUUUCCAGCACAACUAAUCUGUGGACAGUGGCAAUCGAUAGAUAUAUUGGGAUUGUCUACUCUUUGAGAUACAGAUCACUCAUGACGAACACGCGAGUCGUUUUAGCGGUGGCAGCAUCGUGGAGUACGUCUUUCGUUGCAGCAUUCGUGCGCCUACUAUGGUUGCAUGACCAACAACUCUAUCGAGCUAUUGAUAAGUACUAUCGCGUGAUUGCAGAUUUCUUCCUUGGAGCUGUAUCAUGCGUAGUACUCACAUUUAUUUAUCUUCGCGUCUUGCUGAUUUCAAGGAGUAUAGCGAAAAAAAUAGUCGCGCAAGCAAAUGAAAUCACCCAUAACUACAAACCAAAUAAUGUACGGUCUAAAAGGCAUGCUCGACUCAAUUUAUCAACAAAGUUUUUUGGCUCUUUGGUUUUACUAUUUGUUGUUUGCAACAGUGUUAGCAUCUACAUUUCACUCUGCAAAAUUUUCAAGGUUGGCUAUCUCAAUCCUACAAUCUCCACUCUCGCGUAUUUGCUCGUCCACUGUAACUCUGCCAUGAAUUUUGCUGCCUACGCGUUCAUGAAAAGAGACAUUCGCCGGGAACUACGACGCAAGUACCGCUUUUCUCAGUUUGUGGAAUUAAGCUACCUGUCUCGA